CUUAACUUCAUAUAACUCAUACCUUAUCACACACUCUUCUUCACAAUUUCUUGCACCCUUUAAUUUGGCAUUACGAAGAAUCAUCAACUAUGACCACUCAUCACCACCGUGAUCUCCUUUUCAUCAGUUUGGCAAUACUAGUAACAAUCUGCGCCACUUUACCUUCAGUCGUCUCAGCUCGUUUCUUCUUCCCCAACACCACCUCCAUCCCAAACCACGCGCCACCAGGCGCGUGGGACUCAUACCGCAACUUCACAGGCUGCAGCCCGGGAAAAACCUACGACGGCCUCUCCAACCUCAAGAAUUACUUCCACCGCUUCGGCUACAUUCCCGAAGCACCACCCUCCAACUUCACGGACGACUUCGACGACGCCUUAGAGUCCGCCGUACGCGCCUACCAGAAGAAUUUCAACCUCAACAUCACCGGCGAGCUCGACAACGCCACGCUCACCCAAAUCGUCCGCCCCCGCUGCGGCGUCGCGGACAUCAUCAACGGCACCACCUCAAUGAACUCUGGCAAGUCCAACUCCAGCCUCCACACCGUCGCGCACUACUCCUUCUUUGAAGGACAGCCUCGGUGGCCGGAGGGCACCGAGGAGCUCACCUACGCCUUCGACCCGGAAGAAAGCCUCGACAACAUGACGAAAGCGGUGUUCGCGAGCGCUUUCUCCCGUUGGUCGGAGGUCACCACGAUAACGUUCCGCGAAACGGAAACGUACUUCAUGGCCGAUAUCAAGAUUGGAUUCUACAGUGGGGACCACGGGGACGGGGAAGCAUUCGACGGGGUUCUCGGGACACUCGCCCAUGCUUUCUCCCCUACGAACGGGAGGUUUCAUCUGGACAAAGCGGAGGACUGGGUGGUGAGCGGGGACGUGACGGAGGCGUCCCUCUCGAACGCGGUGGAUUUGGAGUCUGUUGCGGUGCAUGAGAUAGGACAUUUACUAGGAUUAGCACACUCUUCCGUGCAAGAUGCUAUCAUGUACCCUUCUAUCUCAGCGCGGACGAGGAAGGUGGUGCUUGAUGAAGAUGACAUACAAGGGAUUCAGGAGCUCUAUGGUUCUAACCCGAACUUCACUGGAACUCCCUCCACCUCUUCGCGGGAGAGGGACUCUAGCGACGGUGGUAGCCAGGGUGGCUCCGUCUUUUUCUCCGUCGUCUUACUUGGAUUUGCACUUUUCUUGCUGUAAGUUAGAAUGAGUUUUGUAAGCUCACACGGAGUAGGGGGCAUAUAUUAGGUUUACAUUUUUGCCCCGAUAUAUACUGUAUACUUUGUACGAUACUACCAUUGGCAUUCUUCAUUCUUUAUCCACGAUUAUGUAGUUUUUUUAUUUAUUUUUGUAAAGUUAUUAUAUACAACUUUUUCUUGGAUUGGAA